AUGAAGGGAGAAGAAAUAAGUGUUUAUUCUCCUUUACAUAAACUUGCAUAUACUAAGAAACUAGAGCAAUAUGCUAUUCCUGAUCAGUAUAUUUUUGACAAAUACAUGGUUUAUUCAACAAAAUCUCUAUCAGACGCUGCAGCUAAAUAUUGCAAGAGUUUUAAAAGGCUAAAAAAUAAAGGAACUUUGUCAAGUGAAGAUAUUCAAGAAAUAAAUGCAAAUACGAUUAAUAAAAAUGAGAAUAAAAAGAAAGACAUUCGAAUAUCAGGUGUACAAUUGUUUGGAUUACAAUUAAAUUUUGUUCGUAUAGUUAGAAAAAUGUUACCAUCCAAUACCUAUCUUAAAGUUCAACCUUUUAACAAUCUUAGUAAUUCUACUCAACGACAUCAUAUGUUGACAAUAGCCAAACUUGUAUUUGAUCAAGUUGAAAUUUGUAAAGAAAACAUUUUUCAUAAAGAUGAUAAAGUUGAAAUUAAGCAAGCACGUUUUACUAUAAAUGAUAAGCUAUUUGAAAUUCAAUAUGAAAAAGUUAACCAAGAAAAGAUAGAUGAUUUGCAUUUGGCAGUUCUAAAAUCAUUAGAUAAAGGCAAGAUAUUUCGUGAAGCUUAUCAAUCAUUAGCACGUAUUAAUCAAGAUUUGCCAAGAGAGGGUGCAAUAUCAAGUACACGUCAAAGACUUAAUAAACAAAUGCAAAAUCUAGUUCCCUUAUUACUUAUAAAUAUAGAAGAAACAUUUGUUGCUUCUGAAUUAACUGAAGAUCAACCUCAUAUUAAUGAUCCUGACAUAGUUAAUAAUAUAGUUGAAUCUGCUGGAAAAGGUGAACAGCGUUCUAUAAUUGAUAUAUUAAAUUUUAUUGUAUCUGAGUAUAUAAAAAAAAGACUUUUAAUUCCAAAUAAUACUACUAUUAAACUUCGUAUAUCUGGAGAUAGUAGGAAUAUAGGACGAAAGAUUCAGCAUGUUAUGGUAAUGGCUAUAAUACUUAAUGAUAUAGAAAGACUACAUAAGUCUGAAGGGUAUCAUACACUUGUUCUUUACUCUGGAUCAGAAAAUUAUCAAUCUCUUCAAAAUGCACUUUGCACAUUAAUUUUUGAUUUAAACAAUUUAAGAGAAUCCAGAUUUUACCAACUUAAUAGCUUGCAUUGGAAUUGUACAUAUAUGAAACAGCAAAAUGGAAUUCUUGAUCAAAAUAAUAAACUAGUUGGCGAUUGGACAAUUACCAAAAAUAUGGAACAAAUAAAAAAAAAUUUUUUUAAUAUUAGAAGGCAUCAAUGUGCACCUUUAUUCGAUAUGAUUGAUCUUAAAUAUUGGGUGUGUGAUGAGCUACAUAUAUUGCUUCGCAUUACAGAUCGACUUUUUGAACUAUUUUUAUCUGAUUUGCAACGAAAUGGAAAGUUAGAUAAUAAAAUUCAGCAAGAAAUAUUAGUAGAAAUGAAACGAAUUGGUAUAACAUUUCAAUUUUGGACAGAUAAAAAUACUAAAAAAUUAUGUAAUACAUCUUUGAUGGGUCCAAACAAACUUAAACUCUUACAUAAUUUUAAUUUUAAGAAUAUUAGUAUUUGUUAUUUACCAAUAGUUAGACAAAAUCAACUUAGAAAACUCUGGAAUAAAUUCGCUGAAUUAUAUGAUGAUUUGCAUCAAAAAAAAAUAAGUGGUAGUAGUUUUAAAAAAAAAGCAAUUGAAUGGUUAGAAUAUUUUUUAACUCCAUCUCAAGGACAUCCAAAUAAAAAUUUUGUGCGAGGACUAUAUCAAGCAACAGAUUGUACUCCAUAUAUGCAUGUUUUAACCUAUCAUAUUCCCGAAUUUAUUAAGAUUCAUAGAGAUUUAGGAUUAAUAGCUUUUUCAUGUUCAGCUUUAGAAAAAAAAAACUAUAUUCAAGUAUGUCGAUAUUUUCAAAAUACAUUAAAAGAUGGUGGACAUGAUCAGUCUAGAAAAUCAGCAAUUCUAGAAAUAUUAGAACAUGAAAAUCAGCAAUUAUUUUAUUGGCAAGCAAAUAUUCCUAGUUAUAUUAAAAAAGCUACACAAUACCGAUUAGAAUAA